AUGGAAGAAAGCAGUGAAAAUGAGAAUUUUGAGCGGUCUCGUCGAAUUCUUAAUUAUCAGGAGCAGGCAGGAGGACCUAUUCGUCAUUGGGAUCUACAGCGAUUCGACUCACACGCAAGAACUGCGUUGGCCUUUGUCACCUUAAGGGCUGAUGGCGAGCGGGAAUUCAUGUUCUUCCGCAAUCCAAGCGCUGACAUGCUUCUCACUGAAGCAGAACUCGACAAAGAUCUCAUCAGAAAGUCCUGCAUUUUUCACUACGGCUCGAUCAGUUUGAUUGAGGAACCAUGUAGAUCAACUCAUCUUGCAGCUUUGAAAGUAGCCAAAGAGGCAGGUUGCAUUCUCUCUUAUGACCCAAAUCUUAGGUUGCCCCUAUGGCCAUCAGCUGAGGCUGCUAGACAAGGCAUCAUGAGUAUAUGGGAUCAAGCUGAUGUUAUUAAGAUAAGUGAGGAAGAAAUCACAUUCUUGACUGGAGGAGAUGAUGCUUACGAUGACAAUGUGGUGUUUAAAAAGCUUUACCAUCCAAAUCUUAAGCUUUUGCUUGUUACUGAAGGGCCAGAAGGCUGCCGAUACUACACCAAGGAAUUUCAUGGAAGAGUUCAUGGUGUAAAAGUCCAGGCAGUUGACACAACUGGUGCAGGGGAUGCUUUUGUUGGCGGAUUGUUGAACAGUUUGGCUACAGACCCUGAUUUGUACAAGGAUGAGAAGAAAUUACAAGAGGCCCUUUUGUUUGCCAACGGCUGUGGUGCAAUUACUGUGACUGAGAAAGGAGCAAUCCCAGCGCUCCCAACUAAAGAAGCAGUCUUCAAGAUUUUGGCUGCUGCUACUGCCUGAUGGAAACCCCUCAGUUCCAAGUUCUACUUCCAUAUUCUAAUGCAGCAGCCACAUCUCACAAAAUUUAGGCUUUUUUUUUUAUGUCAAAAUUUUGUCCGUCUUUCCUUCUUAUGAACC